CGAGUCGAGGAUCUCUCUCAUUUCUCAGCUCACUCUGACUCUUUCAAUCUUUUCUUGAAAGACCAGUAGAUAUGCACAGUGCGUGGUGUUUUAUUUGGUAGAGCAUUCAGCACAAGCUGGCAGUAUCUAGGAACUAUUUCAAGCAUAGCAGGGCUGUUGUAUUGUGCAUGUGGCGCUGCAUGCGUCAGUACUUGUCGGAAAGCUGGGUGUGUUGAUUUGAACAAUAGAAAAUUAGAAAUCUUCAAUUCCAUUUCAUUUUCAAAAUACAUGCACUGAUAGUAUCUUGCUUCAAAGGAAUUCAAGUACCGGUAAUAGCGUAGCUUGUAUGUCGGUGUAGAAGUAAAGCACCAGGAGCUGAAUUGAUUCCUUUCCCAGCUACUUACUCCGGACCAGCAACAUCGUGCAGCCCUCUAUAGCUGAGUAAGCAAUGAGUCAAGCAGACGGAGACUUUGACUCAUGGCUGGGCAGUCGCCUGAAGCAGCUGGAGCUGGACGACGAAGUGUUCUCUGGUUACAUAACGGGAAUGUUGGAUGCAGACGAGAGCUCAGUGGAUGAGAUGGUGGAAGCAUUGGCAGAACUGCUCACAGAGGCCACAACUGUGCCUGUCGAUGACGUAUGUCGUGAGAUUGUUGAGAAGUGGAUGAAGAAAACAGAGCAGGAGAAGGCACAGAAAGAAGCGGAGAGGAAAGCUGAACAAGAAGCCCGCAACAGCGCGUCCUUCAUACCCGGCUUGGUGAUGUCGACUGCGUCCGCAUCCAACGCGUCCAGUUCUAGCUCUCGCAGAACAGAGAAGACAGAAGAGGACCGGCUAAGAAAGGAGGCGGUUCUAGCGCAGUUUGCGUUUGAGGAUGAAGAUGACGAUGAUGAUGACAACGUGGACUAUGAAGAUCGCCAGGCCACACAGUCAUCUCGAAUCGAUUCAACACUAGAGAAGCUGUCGAUCAACAACCGGCAGCAAGUUGCGGGUGCGCAGCGAGCUGAGCGAGAAAAGCAGCAGGCCGAGCACACGGCCAGGGUUGCGCAGACCAAAGCGGCGCGCGAGAAGCAGCUGCAAAAGGAGCAGGAUCGCAAAGACAAGGUGAAGCAGAAAGUGCAGAAGCGCGAGCGAAGAAGAUAGUCUUUCCUGUACGAUGAACUAACGAUGAUACUGUUUACCAGCCUUGAGCCCGCCGUAGAGGCUACGUGAAUCCAUGUACGUCAUUUGAGAUGUUUUGUCUGGAGUGGCAUUGCAAGCACUGGUUUGUCACGCCAACCAAAGCACCCACCACGGCGUCAUUCACGUAACCUUUAUACCAUCGUUGAUUGUUCUCGUUUCUAGAGCACCUUCAUUCUCUUUCAGCCGGAAGACUCCAACCUCUGUGGCUGUUUGAAAUGGAGGUGCCUUGCUGGUCCCGUGUUGGUUGUUAUUAGGGCCUCUAGUAUUUUUGUUGUUCGUCGUUGUUGUUCGUUGUUUGUAUCUUCCAUUCGUUCCAGCCAUUGCUCCUGGUGGUGGAGCCCUGUGUGUACCUCAGUAUGUACACAUGCUGCUCUUGCCUAGCUUUUACAGAUUUAUGUAUUUUCAGUGAGUUUUUUUUUUAAGUAUCCUUUUUCUUGCCAGUCAUUACGGCUAAUUAUUUAUGGUGCGGUUCAUCAAUUCCUUGACGAUCCCCACACCAAUCGAAA